AUGUGCGAUUUCGAAGAUUACUCUGAAGAAAUUUGGCGACGAAAAGAAAAGCUUUCGGAGGGAAUCUUAUCGUGUUGCGUGACAAACACGUCGCUUUUCAUGACCAAUGUAUUGAGUAAUGUUUACAACGAACUAACAGAGACAUGUCUCCUGAGAGAUUGGAGGAAAUUAGCUGGGAAACUUCUAAAACCGCCCCCAACCAGUGGUACGAUUGAAAAAUUAUCCAAAAGUGCGAAUCCAGCUUGUGAAUUACUUAAAAUGUGGGUGUCAACAAGCGAUGUACCCAAAACAUUCGACUCUUUAAUUGAGACAAUGGUCGAAUGCAAAUUGUAUUCGGCGUGUGACGAGUUGUUAGAGUUUCUCCAAAACUCGCCUUUAGACUUACUAGAACGCCAGGAAGAGUUGGUCUUUUCUGAUGAAGUUGAAGAUCAAAGCAACGAAACUUCAGAAUUUCAACAAAAUUCUCCGUCGCAUCGCAUAAAUGAACAACAGAACUCUUCUCCAUCCCCAGAAGGCGAUGAGAUUUUUAUCGUCUGCUCACGUUCAGACAACAAAACACAAGCAAUGAAGAGUCUUACGUCGUUCGUUUCAAAACUUGAACCAGUUAAAAAAGGCGAGCUGAAAGUCAGGAGUAUACAUGAUACAAAUCAGAACAGUCAAGUGAGCACUGCUUGGCUGCAGGAGCGGGUCAACCGGGCAAGAUAUGUGAUACUGUGCUUCAGUAGUGACAUGAAAGCAAUCACAGAAUGCCCUUCUAAUAUGCCACAAUUCAAGCACCAAAUGGACUAUAAUCUUAAGUUCACAAUGGAUUUUUUGGUCACGGGCAAAAUUUAUGAGAACGGUUGCCGAAACCCGAAAGGGAAGUUUAUUCCAAUCUUGUUGCACGGACAUGAUAUGUCAACAUUGAUUCUUCCUCUGAGGCAUUUCUUGCAUUUCAGUUGGCCAAGUGAAAAGAAGAGAAUCACCAAGUAUAUCAUGAACCUCCCAGAAAAAAAAGUGCCAUGCCAAGGACGACCCAAACGUUUGGUUCGAAGAGAACUAUUAUGCUGA